AUGAAUAAGGCUCUUAUGUCUUAUCAUAUUUGGAGUGUUGUUUCUAAGCGGGAUUCUUUAUGGGUGGAUUGGGUGCACAGUUACCGGUUAAAAGGCAAGAGCUUAUGGGUGUGUAAAACCCCCUCUAAUUGCUGUUGGUCUUGGAGAAAGUUAAUGCAAUUGUGGCCUCUUAUCAGGAAUCAUAUAUGGUCGGAAUUAGGCAAUGGCGCUGAUACAUCUGCAUGGUUUGAUUUCUGGUGUGAGAUAGGGUCGCUUGGUGACUUUAUUUCGCCUAGAACCAUCACCGAUGCAGAUUUUAAUCUGGAUGAUUCUGUGGCUAACAUCUACUCGCAUGGUUCUUGGUCUUGGCCUAUGGCAUGGAGAGAUCUCUUUCCGGUUCUCAUUCAGUUAGACCAAGUUCAGUUAAAUCCGACAAAGCAUGAUAAAUUGUUAUGGAAAGAUGGUCGUGAUAUAACGGAGUUCUCCUCUUCGCGUGUUUGGCAUUCGGUUCGGUACAAGGUUCCGGAAGUGAAUUGGUGUAAUAUUGUUUGGUUUUCGCAGUGUAUUCCUCGACAUGCCUUUAUGAUGUGGCUGGUCAUCAAAGGUAAGCUUUUGACUCAAGACAAAAUUCUAAAAUGGGAUAUCUCGCGGAGGAAGAACAUGAAUAUGAUGUGUUGCCUGCUAUGUUAUCAGAACUUUGACUCUCACCCGCAUCUAUUUUUUGAAUGCAAAUAUUCAUCUCAAGUAUGGCAUAUAAUUCAAAGCAAGGUGAGUAUGGAUGCUGUUAGUCCGAUGUGGACUGAUAUAGUUGAUUGGUUGUUGGUUCGUGCACGUUCUAAAUCGGCCAUGAAUUAUGUUGCUAAAAUUCUUACUGCGGCUGCUGUGUACUUCAUUUGGCAAGAAAGAAAUGCUAGACUCUUCAAAAAUCAGCUAAGACCACCGGAGAAACUUAGUGAGAUUAUUUUAAACACGGUCAGAUACAAGCUGAUUGGAGCUAAACUAAAGAACACUGCGAGUGUGCGGAGACUCCUUGGAGAGUGGGAGAUUCGAGGGGGGCACGUGGAUGAUGAUGGCGGCUGA